CCUAGUGUUAAUUUACAUUUUCUAUGGGUCCCGUAACUGAACUGUUUCCAACAGAGGAAAAAAGCAGAUACGCAGACACACCUUAAAAGAGACGUGUUCGGAAAUUGCACGGAUGUUCAACAAAUCCUUUUUACUGUUUGACAUCUGAACAAGUUUUUUCUUCCAAGACUCGCAAUCUAAGGGGAACUUGGAGAUCACUGCCUGGACCAGGGGGAGCUGAGAGAGGGACUGCCCAGGGUGCGUAGCAUCAUCAUGGCCCAGCCGGACUACAUGGACGGGGACUGCGAUGAGCUCAUCAAACCCAAGAAACUCAUCAACCCAGUCAAGAACUCCAGGAACCACCAGGACCUGCACCGAGAGCUGCUCAUGAACCAGAAGAGGGGCUUGGCACCUAUGAAUAAGCCUGAACUGCAGAAGGUGAUGGAGAAGCGGAAGCGGGAGCAGGUGUUGAAGGCCCAGAAGGAGGAGCAGGAGGCCCACAAGAAGAGGUCGGACCUGGAGAUCGAGCUCAUGAAAAGACAGCAGAAACUCGAACAGCUGGACUUGGAUCAACAGAAGGAUGAGGAGGAGCAGGAGAACACCCCUGAGUUUGUGAAGAUGAAGAGCAACCUGAGGAGAACCAAGCAGGAGGUGGACGAGCAGGAACGCACCACUUAAGGACAUGGACUGGGAAGCAACUUGAGAGAAGUCCUACGGCACAUGUCGGCAUGGCAACUGGACUGCAGUCUGGGGGGAUAUCCUGGUGUUCCUUACCCUGUGUCCCCGUGAAACCAGUGACUCUAGAUAAUAGAUUCCUCCUGCAGAAGGGUUUAACCAGUAUUCACUUCACCUCUCUCACGAAACACUGGCUGCAGAAGGAGGGCCAACUACACACACACACACAUACACACACACACACACACACACACACACACACACACACACACACACACACGCAUAUACAUAUACGUGCCUACACACACACACUCACAGAGGAUAACCACAGAAGAAAACAGGCUCCCCUGUCUGAACACACACACACACACACACACACACACACACACUGUCAAAGACAUGCAGGCAUACCUGUCACAGGCUGACUGGCUUUAGUGGACGUGUACAGCGGGACAGAUUUUUUUUCUCUUCCCUGUUUAUCUUAAGUUUUGGAAUGCCACUGAGAAGCUUCAUUUUUUAUUUUCAACCAUGGAGAAUUGAAAAGUGGACACUGGAUGGACUUUUGAAGCUGCAUUUGGCCAAAAUAUUGUGCUUUUAUUUAUGUUCUGUAUUGUUAUGGCUUGAGUCAAAGAGACCUCUCCUAUUUUCAGUUUCUUUUGUUUUUUUUCAACUGAUGACUUCUUCUACACAUUUUGUGACAGACUGUUCAAAGCUUAACCGUGUGGUACACCCACUCUAUUGUAUUUUUUUAAAUAUUGUGUACUUCCUUAGCUAAAACUCUUUCAAGCAAUAUUAGAUUUUGGCGUGUGUGUGCGCGUGUAUAUUUUUUUCUUUAUACAUAUAUAUUUGUUGUUGUUUUUUUAUGACUGAACAAAAAUAUCUUUUAGUUGUAUGUGCUAUAGGUCACAGAGGUAGGAUUUUGUUCUCUACCUGGCCUUUUCUUUUCCUGUGAUUGAGCUUUGGGCAUUUGGGAAAAACAACCUGUGCUAAGUAUUCAAGGGAAACUAGCUCUUGGGACUUGUUUAACCUAAACCCAGCUACUUUAUGUACACUUUUCUUUUAAUAAAUGUUAUUUUACCAUGUUAACAUAUGAA